CCUCGGGCAGCUGGCCUCCCUUCGCCACCCCCCGGGCCAGCUCAGGAGAUGGCGCUGGAGGGCCUCUCGGUGUCGCCCCUCUACCAGAGCCCCGACCUCAACAAAAUGAGGCUGAUGGCCGAGCCCACCAAGAAGCCGGCCGCCUUCCUCAAGUACCUGACGCCCUCCAAGACCAAACUCAGCAGCAUCGAGGCCAAGAGGAUCAUGUCGGUCCUGGACGAGACCAUCCAGAAGGUGGAGUGGGUGACGCUGCUGCCGGACACGGCGUCCGGCGCGGACCCGCUCGAGGGGCUGCUGGAGGACCACGUCCUGCAGGCGCUGCGGCAGCACGGGGGUCUCUGCCAGGACCUGCUGGCCAGCCUCCACUCCCCCGGGACCCGAGAAGGGCUGGCAGAGCCGGGCGGGGCCCGGGACCGGCUGUUCCACGAGCACUUCCUCUCGGAGGAGCUGCGGCGGGCCCAGCUGCCCUCGCCGCGGGACCGGGUCAAGGACUCCACCAGGAACGUCUUGCGGCUCCUGCUCACCCACCCCCGGGCCGCCGCCAGCCUGCUGCGGACGCAGGCGCAGCGGCGGAGCCCGGCCGCCCAGCGCUUCGUGGACGCCCUGAAGGAGCUGCGCGGGUUCCUCUUCGAGAAGCUCCUCACCAGCCCCAUGGAGAUACGGGAAAAGACCCAGUUCAUCCAGAACAUCAACAAGCAGAACCGGAGGAACGAGGAAGUCAUCAACGGGCUGGAGAAGGAGCUGGCCGGCAGCAUGAAGACGAGGGAUGCGGAACUGGAGAAGGAGAACUUCGUGAUCCAGGAGCUGAAGAACCACCUGCACCAGGUGCUCCGGCUGUCGGAGAACAGCCUCCUGCGCACGCGGCAGGAGGCGGAGAAGCAGCAGAAGCUGGACUACCGCUCCUCGCAGGCGCGCCUGGCCAAGACGCAGCAGGAGCUGCUGCUGCUGCGCGCGCAGCUCAACAACCUGGUGGCCGAGAACCAGGAGGCGGAGCAGGCGCUGCGGAAGAAAAAAUACAAAGUGGAGACAGAAAUCGAGAACUGGAUUCAGAAGUACGACAUGGAGAUGGAGGAGAAGCAGGAGGAGUACGAGGAGCUGGACAGCAUCCACCAGGAGGAGAAGAUCCAGCUGCAGGAGCUGAAGGAGCGGCACGAGGUGCUGGCGGAGGAGUUCCUGCAGAUCCAGCGCGAGCGCGAGGUCAGCUCCAGGAAGAAGCUGGAGGCCGAGCAGGAGCUGCUGCGCAUGGUGCGGGCGGCCACGCUCAUCCAGGCCGUGUGGAAGGGCUACCUGGUCCGCUCCCUGCUCAAGUCCCGGAGGAAGAAGCGGGCCAAGGCCAAGUCCAAGGAGGACAUCAAGGGCAGAGGCAAGAAGACCAAGAAGGCGUCAAGCCUCAAGGAGCUGGCCCCCGAGGACGCGGGCCUGGAGGACCCGGGCGAGGAGGACCGGGAGGACGAGCGGGAGGAGGAGCAGGGCAGGGGCCCGGGGAAGAGCGGCAGCAGGGGCAAGAAGUGAGCCCCGGUGCCCACACCCCUCCCAGCCCCCCAUUUCCCAGAACCCAGCAACAGGGGCCUGGGGACGCCUUGCUUUAACCACCGUUCAGAAUCAACAAGCAUGUUCGGGGGGCUGGAAAGAUGGGACCACCACGGGGCGGGCACUUGCCUUGUACGUGGCCGACCCUCGUUCGAUCCCCAGAACCCCAGAGGGCCGCCCUGAGCCCCACCAGGAGUGACUCCCACAGGGCCAGGAGUAACCCCUGAGCGCUACCAGGUGUGACAUAAAACACAAAAUAAAAGCCCCCAAAACCUAACAAUUAAAAGCAAAUUCAACUACGUUGAAUACAGAAAGCUCAUUUCACCCAGGGGUGCUGGCUUCGGGUGGAGGCCGCGCUGAUGAGCCUCCUUUUGGAGAAGGGUGACCCGCAGACCCCCCACUGUGCGUGGACCUCUCCGGCCGUGGCCCGUGCCCCACCUGGCAAAGGCAGGUCGCUGUUCUGUUGAAAAGCUGGGAAAGCUGAUGUGCUUCCCAGCCCGCAACCUGGGGUCAGGCCCACGGGCCGGGGGUGCCGGCU